UUAUUUUCUCUCCCUUUUUUCUUUCUUGUCUUCUUGUCUUUCUUGUUUUUUUUCUUUACAUUUUAAAGAAAUAGCGAUUUUUCUUAAUUUGAUAGAAAAAAACUUGGAUUGGUUUACAGUAUUUCUUUUUUAGUCAACAUCAAAGAAAACACGAGAAAUUGUCGGAAACAAAACCUGCAUUUGUGUGCCUCUUUUUUUUUUCUUUGCAUAUUUCUCAAACAAUCACCAUUUUAAACGGUAAAUUUUAGUUUACUUCUUUUUUGUUCUAAACAUUCACUCUUAACUGAAUAUCAAAAUUAAUUUAUGACAACCCCUUUUAUCUCCACUCUUUUGUUAACGUGUUUCUCUUUUCCUCUUCUUUUGUUAGUUUUUCAAUAAAAAUGGCAUCAACAUCUAGAUCAGCAAAUAGAGCAAGUACGAACAGAAAAAGACCACCUAAUGAAUCACCAAUGCAGAACGAAGGCAUUGAAAAACGACCAUCAAAACGAAAACGAAAUCAGCUCCCCUUGUGCUCAGUCUAUCCAAGCUCACCUUUGUCAGCAGGCAUAAAUGCGCCUCACAAAAUGACGUCUCAACGUAGUGUACCAGCCUUUCUUCAUAAACUAUACAACAUGGUCGGUGAUCCAAAUACCAAUCAAUUGGUUCGAUGGUCUAAAGAUGGCAAUUCAUUUUUGGUUGAAGGGCAUGAAGAAUUUGCGAGACUGGUUUUGCCGAGAUUUUACAAGCACAAUACGUUUGCAUCUUUUGUCAGACAGCUAAACAUGUAUGAUUUCCACAAGGUACCUCAUCUUCAGCAAGGUGUGUUAGUCAAUGACAGCAGUGCUCAAAAUGAAGUAUGGGAAUUUAGUCAUCCCCAUUUUCAAAGAAAUAGAUCCGACCUUUUGGUUUUGGUGACAAGAAAACGGAAUCGAGAUAGAGAUAAGACCGACGCAGAUCAAUUUGAUUUAGGCUCACUUGUCAAGGAGAUUUCGGCUAUUAGGAAACAUCAAGCCAACGUUACAGCUGAUUUACGCAACCUCCAUCAAGAUAACGAACUUAUUUGGCAAGAGACAUUAUCUGCAAGAGAAAAACACCAAAAGCAUCAACGAGUUAUAUCUAAAAUACUGCAGUUUUUAUCAGCUGUCUUUUCAAAUGAUCAACACAAACUGCGUGAAUUAAACCAUCAGAGGGAAGCAUUGGAGAACCAAGGGAAUUUAGACCAAACUAUUCAAUGCCAAGAAAAUAAAAAGCCGCACAAAUUCGUCUCUAGCAACCAUAAUUAUCAUAGCAACCACCACCAUCGUCACUAUCAUAAUCGCAGUAACGUCGAUAGUGGUGUUAGCAGCAAUAGCGAUACUGGAGUAACAAAUGGCAGCGAUAGUGGUCUAGCAAGCAGUAGUGAUAAUAGUGGAAAUAACAGUAGUGAAGAUGACACUAAAGCACCAUUACUACAACCACCACCACUUCCGCCCAAUCCAAAACAACUACAUGCAAAAAUGCCUGAAUAUACUAGUGCCAAAUCACUCAAAUCUGACAAAUUUGCUCCAUCUGUCGCAGCUCGAUCUGCUCAAGCAAUUACAAGUGACAUUGAUGAAUUGCAAGAAAAUGUUGAAUUGUUAGCUGCCCAGCUUGGUAUUGAUCCUUCUCAAUUCUCUGAGAAAUUCACAGACGUCAAAAAGUUUUCAGAUGAUCAUGGCAAUCUUAUUUCAUCUGCUUCUCGCGAUGACAAGCUUAGACUGUUUGAAAUGGCUAAUGAAGAUAAUGGCAAUCGAUCUACUUCAAAACAUGCAGACAAUGAACAUCUUCUACAGCACAUGCCUUCAGAACCUUAUCUGCCGAGUGAGUUCUUAAUGCAAUCAGACUAUGACCUUGUACCUGCUACCCAUUUUUUUCAACACUUGCUCAAGAGACCAACUCCAACAAUGACUGUUGAUAAUAAUGCAGUACCUGAGAAACCUGAUAUUCCAGACACCAAUGAAUAUAGCAUUAAUCAUACUAACAACAACAUAUAUUUAUCACCUUCACACCAUCAUCAUCAACCACAGCAUCAGCAUCAUCAUCAGGCACCAUUGCAUCCAAGCAAUCCACUGCCUAUUCACCAAACUCAUCUUUCGACAGGUACUCUCCCUCCCAAUUUUCAAUCUUCUUCUGAUGUCGCCAAUCAUCUCUUUGCCCCUUCUUAUCGUCAAAGAAACAUGUUUACCAACGAUGUCUUGAAUCCUGAUUAUUACCGUCCUAUCAGAGAUAGGCCUGUUGCCAAUCCAUAUUAUGAGCCAACCAUGACACCACCAUCAGCGCCUCCACCAUCACAACCUCCUUCUAGUUUUGUGCAUCAAGACGACUCUUUUCCUUCUUCAGGAUUUAAUCCUAUUAUGUAUACGCCCAAUCCGCACGCAUCAUCAUCACAUUCUGUUCUUUUGAACAAUGAAGGCAAUACGAAAAUAGAAGACAUGGAUAAAAAGGACGACAGGCCCAUCAUUUAUUAAAUGUGUAUGAUUAUUUAUGCCCACACAGGGGAGGAGAGGAAAAAAUCCAAAAAAAAUUAUGCUCUUUCUUCAAUUAUGUUAUUUAGAAAAUAAAAUCAGAAACCAUCUAAUUUUCUUAGUUUGGUUUCGAACAAUUUUAAACUUGUUU